AUUGCAGCAGGGAGGUGACCAGCAGCAGAAGCGGCGGCAGCAGCAGCAGCUCAGUGGAGAAUAGCUCCUCUAUGAACGCCCUCAGACUUGCCUGUGAAUCACAUUUUCCACCUACAUCACUGUAACUUCAGAGUGGGCCCCUCCGAAGGAACACAUGCAACAAAACCUUUCUCUCUCACCGACAACUUCUCUGACACGAGGACGGUCUCACACACAAACAAGAAGUCCAGUAAUACAACCGAUUUAUCGGGAUUCGGGAACAUUUUUUUAGACUUGAGGAUAUCCCACAAAAGUUUUUGGUAUGGAAGAUCAUGAGCGAGUAUCGGAAUAAUGGUCUGUUCAUUCCACUGGCACAUUUAAUCAAGCAACCCCGAUGGAUCCGUAUAAGUUAGCGAUCAAGUGUUUCUGCCCUGGUCUAUGCAGUUAUUAAUAUGCUAUCGGGGACUGAGUAUUGAUCUAUAGCUGCCAUGGAUCUUCAGGUGAUUGUUUGGCUGUUCUACUGCUUUCUGAUGCCCACCGUGCUGUUAACAGCUUGUCUUUUUCGCUACAACAUCCUGUCACUGGUUUAUUUCCUCUAUCUGCUGCUACUGCCAUGGUUCCUGUGUCCGAACAAGCACACACUAAGAGGUCACACAGGUCGGUUUAUCAGAGCGGUAUUCUGUACCAGUCUACUAUUUGUACUGUCUCACAUCUGCUUCCAGACAGUACUAUACACAUAUCCUCCUCUCAACAUCGCUAUAGGUGAUAACUGUUCACAAUGGGACACCAUAAGCAGACAAAUAGGACUGUCCAGGCUUCCCUUGGAUGAUCCGUGGAGUGUAUUACGCCUUCUGUGUCCUGACCUGGGUGUGUGUGUGGUUGCCCUGAUUACAAUGGUCCUCUGCAACAGAUUGGUCAGAAACAGAAGAAUGGUGGCUGCUGCCAACAUUACAGCGCUUGAGGAUGAUCCAACAGAAAGAAAUAUAGACCAUGAGGAGGAAGAGACUUCAGGAGAUGAAGAAGUAGAAAACGAGGAUGAAGAUGAAGAAGAAGAAAGGUCAUUACCUGGUGACCCUGAUGAGGAGGUUUCCACUGCAACGAGAGCUAAGCAGCUGGCUGAGCGCCUGAAGGCCAAAGCCCGGAAAGUUUUGCGGGACCUGGGGAGAGUCUUAGCAGUCAGCCUGCUGGCUUUGGCUGGCAUCACACUGCCCUCUGCCUUCUCUGCCAUCUACUUCCUGCUUUUUAUUGGCAUGUGCACAUGGUGGGCGUGCCACCUCCCCAUCAGUCACCUGGGUUUCAAUGCACUGUGUGUGAUGGUGGGCUUCUUCACUGCUGGUCACAUGGUUUGCCUGUACUUGUACCAGAGUCUGCUGGCCCAGGCCCUGUUCCCCCCGUACAGUCUGUGGGCCAGACUCUUUGGUCUGAAGGACAUCAUCAUACCAGGAAACUGCUCCUCGCCCUAUGACCUUAACCUUAAUGCCGACCAUGACUGGCCAGUUUAUGUCAACCCAGGAAUACUGUUCCUCCUCUAUAUUACCGUAGCAACUGUUCUCAAAACAGGUUGUCAUGGAACACCUAACCAGCAGGUUAAGGAGCAGCAGCAAGACAAAACAGAAGAGGAGGAGAUGGUGGAGUUAAGGCCAUGGAAUAAACAGAAAACUAACUAUGAUGAUGACACACAGCUCAUGCUCAUGUCUAUGGGCACAGAAAGCAGCAGGGGAGAAACUAUGGCUGGAGAAAGUCAGCCUGAUCUGGAUGUAGGUGGCGCCCCCAGUGGCCCCCAACAGAGUGAAAGCCCCUUUUUCCUGCUGGGAAAGAUGGUCAUGCAGCAGAGCUAUGUCUGUGCUCUCAUAGCCAUGAUGGUUUGGAGCAUCAUGUACCACAGCUGGCUGACCUUUGUGCUGCUGCUGUGGGCGUGUCUCAUCUGGAUCCUGCGUGCCAGACGGCAUGCGGCCACACUGUGCUCUCCAUUCAUCCUGCUUUAUGGCCUGGCUCUGUGCUGUCUGCAGUACAUCUGGGCCAUGGAGCUUCAGCCUGAACUGCCCACCACUGUGGGCACCAUGAGCCUCAGACAACUGGGCCUGGAUAGAGCCCAGUACCCCUGUCUAAGUCUGGGAGCCAAGCUCCUGUUUACUUUAACCUUCUGGCUGUUGGUACGUCAGUCAGUAAAGGAAAACUUCAGCAGGAAGAGGAAAAUGGCCACACCACUACAGGAGGUCACUACCGGAGAAGAGGGCGCUGGUAAUGAAUCAGUGCUGAAGGUUCUAGGAGGCAUGGUGAUGAACAUUUAUGCAAAAUACUGGAUCUAUGUGUGUGGAGGAAUGUUCAUCAUGGUCUCCUUUGCUGGAAAACUCGUUGGAUACAAAAUCAUCUACAUGCUGCUGUUCCUGCUCUGCCUCUGUCUCUAUCAGGUGUACUACUCUCUGUGGAGGCGUCUGUUGAAACUCUUCUGGUGGCUUGUUGUGGCCUACACUAUGCUGGUGCUGAUCUCCAUCUACACUUACCAGUUUGAAGACUUCCCUGGAUACUGGAGAAACUUUACUGGUUUUACAGAAGAACAGCUGGCAGCAAUUGGUCUGGAGACGUUUGCUCUCUCUGAACUCUUCAGCAGUAUUCUUAUCCCUGGCUUCUUCCUGCUGGCCUGUAUUCUGCAGCUGCACUACUUCCACAAGCCCUUCAUGAGAAUCACUGACCUGGAGCAUGUUACCCCUAAACACAAGAAGAAGAACAGUGAGCGGACUGAGCCAAUUGGCUCUAAUGUGGGAACGGACGUUGAAGAGGAAGAUCUGGUGAAUAACAUCAAUGAGGAAUCUGAAGACGAAGGGGAGAUGAUGCCCAGUAAGUGGGGUCUGGUGAUGGACAGGUUACUGGUUCUGUCCAGAAGGUUCUCUGACAUUCUCACCAAAGUUCAAGUGUUUCUCUGGAGGCUUCUGGAGCUCCAUAUCCUCAAGAUGGUGGCCUUCUUCUCAGUGUGGGUUUCACUCGAAGAGCCAUCUGUGAUGAACUUCGUCCUGGUGGUGUUGUGGUCUCUGGCAAUGCCCUACCGUCGCUUCAGGCCCAUGGCUUCCUGUCUGUCUACAGUCUGGGUGUGCGUCAUCAUCGUGUGUAAGAUGCUGUACCAGCUCAGUGUUGUCAACCCUGUUGAAUACUCCAGUAACUGUAGCUUGCCUCUAACAAAUGAAACCAACCUAUUGCCAGAGGAGAUGAUGAACUCCUCUCUGUAUGAGGAGCCAGUGGAUCCUGCCAGAUGGUUUGGCAUCAGGAAAGAUGCCACAGUACUGGGAUACAGCAAGAACCAUUUAAUAGUGCUGAUGUUGUUGGUGUUUGAGGCAACAGUGUAUCGUCACCAGGCUCACCACUACCGUCAGCUCCAGCGAUCUCCCCCCACCAUCCGCACCCUGUUCCCCGGCGCUACCAGGGACACUCUAGACCAGGGCCUCAUACCCUGCUUCAAGUACCUGCUCAAUUACUCCUUCUACAAGUUUGGAUUAGAGAUUUGCUUUCUGAUGACGGUGAAUGUGAUUGGCCAGCGGAUGAACUUCUUGGUGAUAAUCCAUGGUUGCUGGUUGGUUGCCCUCUUGGUGAGGCGGCGGCGGGCAGCUAUCGCCAGGAUCUGGCCCAGAUAUUGUCUCUUUCUGUCUAUCUUCAUGAUCUACCAGUAUCUCCUGUGUGUGGGCAUACCUCCGGCACUCUGUAUAGACUACCCAUGGCGGUGGAACACACCAGUGUUGAUUAACUCGGCUCUCAUUAAAUGGAUUUAUCUGCCUGACUUCUACACUGUGCCUAACUCCAAAAACCUUAUAGCGGACUUUGUGCUGCUGAUGUGUGCAGCCCAGCAGUGGAAGGUGUUUGAGUGUGAGCACACAGAGGACUGGAUGGUUGCUGCAGGCGAGAACACAGACCACCCUGAACCAAUGGAAGGCCGGCUGUUUAACCCAGCACCCAACUUCAUCAACUGCAGGAGUUACCUCGACAUGGCUAAAAUCUUGGUGUUUCGUCACCUCUUCUGGUUUGUGCUGUCAGUGAUCUUCAUCACCGGGGCAACCAGGAUCUCUGUGUUUGGAUUGGGCUACCUGCUCGCCUGCUUCUUUUUUCUGCUGUUUGGGACCAAGCUAUUGGUCAAAUCAUCCAGGACCUGCCUGGCCCUGUGGGACUGUCUCAUUAUCUACAACGUGGCAGUCAUUAUAUCAAAAAAUAUGUUAUCAAUCCUGGCAUGUGUGUUUGUGUUUGAGAUGCAGAAGGGCUUCUGUUGGGUGAUUCAACUCUUCAGCCUGGUUUGCACAGUCAAAGGAUACUAUGACCCAAAAGCAGUGAGUGACAAGACCUGCAGCCUGCCGGUAGAAGAGGCCGGGAUCAUAUGGGACAGUAUCUGUUUUCUGUGCCUGUUGCUCCAGAGGAGGGUCUUCCUCAGUUACUACUUCCUGCAUGUGACGGCAGAGCUGCAGGCGUCUGCCAAACAGGCCUCGAGGGGUUUUGAGCUCUUUAGAGCCAGUAUCGUGAAGAACAUUAAGUUUUACCAACAAGCAGAGAAGAAGUCUCUGUCACAACUCAAGAGAUCGAUGCAGAGAAUUCGCUCCAAGCAGCAGAAGUACAGAGGUGGAUACAAAACAAGUGACGAUUCUCACGUGAGCGAGACUGCUGACGACCAGUCAGACAAGAAAAGUUCCAGGAAGAAAAAGUGGCACCAGCCGUGGAUGGACCAUGCUACAGUGCUGCAUUCCGGAGAGUACUACCUGUUUGAAUCAGAUACUGAGGAUGAAGAGGAAUCUGAAGAACAGAAGCCUCAGAAACAGACCGCCUCUCAGUUGGCUUACCAGGCGUGGGUGAGCAGUGUGAAAACAGCUUUGAGAGAACGUCAGAGACACCAGAAAAAGUUGAAGAGGAUUGAGAGAAAAGAGAAAGAGGGAGAAGGAGGAGUAGAUUCACAGGAGGCUUAUUCUGUGACAGGGUGUGGGGACAAUGAUGUGUUUGAGGAGCCUGGGCUUCAGGAAGAGGAGCCAGAAGAACAGGAGUCUGGUCACGGGGAGAUGGUUCAGAGGAUCUUGGAUAUAUUGCGCUUCUUAUUGGCCAUAGUUCUGGCCAUGGUGGAUGGACUAACCCACUGGCUCAACCUCCUUACUAAACAGUACAGAGAGACAUCUACUGUUCUGUGCAAUGAACGUUACUUCAUCAUACACAAGAUACAGCAGCAUCUUACAACAGCAGACUCCACAGAUGACCAGGUGUCUCAUGACAGUGAGAGUCCCACACUGGAGACUUGUUUGGAUGAGACAGAUGUAGACUCCACCAGAUACAGCUGCCUUGAGGUGGAUAGCAGGGCCGUGACAGGCCGGUCUACCCCCCGACCAAGGCUCAACAGCACUGGGAACCUCUUGAGUCCAGAACCCCCAUCCAGCAGCACGGAUCUGGUGACAGUGCCAUCUAAACAACAACACAGACAUUCCAGAACGGCCAGUGAGCUGCUGGGAGACAGGCAGUUCUUCAUUGAGGAGCUAGAGCAGAGCAGAGAGUUCUACAACAGUCAGAGCCGUCUGCUGAAGCUGCUGUUUGCCAUGUACAACCUGCUGGCAGCCAACUCAGAGCUAGUCUGCUAUUUUAUCAUAGUGCUGAACAACGUGGUCAGUGCCUCUGUGAUAUCACUGUUCCUCCCAAUACUGGUGUUCCUAUGGGCUAUGUUGGCUGUUCCAAGACCAACCAAGAAGUUUUGGAUGACUGCUAUAGUCUACACUGAGGUGAUGGUGCUGGUGAAAUACCUUUUCCAGUUUGGAUUCUUUCCUUGGAACAGUGUUUAUGAAUUGACUUUAAAUGAAGACAAACCUUUCUUCCCACCUCGUAUCCUGGGCCUAGAGAAGACUGACAACUACAUCAGAUAUGAUCUUCUUCAGCUGCUUGCUCUGUUCUUCCACAGAUCCCUGCUCAUGCGUUAUGGCCUCUGGGACCACGAGGGCCCCCUGGAGGAGCAAAGCCUUUCACCAGAAAGUUCUAAGGAUGAAGGAAAAACUAGAGAUGAAGAUGGAGGGAGGAAGGAGGGGAGAAAAGAAGAGGAGGGGGAGGGCAGAGUGAGCUCAACAUCUACCCUGGAAAACCCGGAAAUUACUGAACUGGACCAACUUGAAAACGAUAUUGUGGACUCUGUCAAACCGAGUACCAGCUCUGCUGCUGCUACCACACAACCUCCUGCAGAUGAACCAGCACCCAGCGGUUCAAAAGAAGGACAGGAAACUCCGUCUGGGCUGAAGAACAUGUUGAAUCUUCCCAGCAGGCCGAUGGAGGAUAAGAUGGAUGGAGAUGAAGAGCAGGUGAUAGAGGUAGCCCCAAAGAAAAGCAGCGGUAUCCGCUUCCGCAAGAAAGCAAAACAACCCAAACCACAAUGCAGCAAAGAGGAGCCCACAGCUGAAACUACAGAUUCCUGUGAAGAACCAGUGAAGAAGAAGCAGAAAGGCAGGAGGAGAGAGGCAGCCAGUCAGAGACUGCUGGCUGUGGGACACAAGAUAAAACAAGUCUUUGUCUCUGGUAUUCAGAGUGUUUACAGGCCAGCACAGGGAUUCUUCCGAGGUAUUCUCCAUGCUGAGUAUCGGACUGCUACAGAUGUCUAUGCGUUCAUGUUCCUGACUGAUGUCAUUGACUUCAUCAUCAUUGUCUUUGGUUUUUGGGCUUUUGGGAAACACAGUGCAGCAGCUGAUAUAGCCUCCACCCUGUCAGAGGACCAGGUUCCUGAGGCCUUCCUGGUCAUGCUGCUCAUCCAGUUCAGCACCAUGAUCAUUGACAGAGCCUUGUAUCUUCGCAAGGCUGUCUUGGGAAAACUCAUCUUCCAGGUGAUCCUUGUGUUUGGGAUCCACCUGUGGAUGUUCUUCAUCCUGCCAGCUGUCACUGAAAGGAAGUUCAAUCAGAACUUUGUGGCCCAGCUCUGGUACUUUGUCAAGUGUAUUUACUUCGGCCUGUCAGCCUAUCAGAUCCGCUGUGGCUAUCCCACUCGUAUCCUUGGCAACUUCCUCACCAAGAAAUACAACCACCUCAACCUGUUUCUCUUCCAGGGGUUCCGUCUGGUGCCGUUCCUCGUGGAGCUGCGAGCCGUGAUGGACUGGGUUUGGACUGACACCACUCUGUCUCUGUCAAACUGGAUGUGUGUGGAGGACAUUUAUGCCAAUAUCUUCAUCAUUAAAUGCAGCCGUGAGACAGAGAAGAAAUACCCACAGCCUAAAGGACAGAAGAAGAAGAAGAUAGUGAAAUAUGGCAUGGGUGGACUCAUCAUCUUCUUCUUGAUCUGCAUCAUCUGGUUUCCUCUUCUCUUCAUUUCAUUGGUCAGAUCAGUGGUGGGUGUUGUCAACCACCCCAUUGAUGUCACGGUGACUGUCAAGCUGGGAGGAUAUGAGUCCCUGUUCACCAUGAGUGUGCAGCAGCAGUCCAUCCAGCCGUUCACAGAAGAUGAAUAUAACCAACUAACCCAAAAAUUUGGGGACAAUGCGGUAGCCAUGCAGUUUAUCACGCUCUACAGUUAUGAGGAUAUCGUGACAGCCAUGAUAGAAGGGAGUUCAGGAUCGGUAUGGAGGAUCAGCCCUCCCAGCAGACAGGAAGUCAUUAAAGAACUACUUGGAAGUCAUGUUGACCUAACACUACGUCUAGCCUGGACUUUCCAGAGGGACCUAGGUAAAGGAGGGACGGUGGAACACACAUUUGACAAACACUCAAUAGAUCUGGAACCCGGGAACCCAGUCAGAGCAGAUCUGGCCUCACUACUGGUUGGCAAUCGCACUGAGCCUGUGCAUGUUCCUAGUAUGUUCCCUAACUACAUCCGUGCCCCCAAUGGAGCUGAGGCCAAACCAGUAACUCAACUAUAUAAAGGUAAUGAAGACGGUUACCUGAAUAUAACCCUGUCACUGAUGAGUGACAGGUCACUGAAUGGCAGUGGGAACCAGGAGUGGUGGAACAUUGCCAUUGCGGGCUGUGACCCCGCCUCCUGUGGGGUUCUGCCCAUGGUCAUAUUCAAUGAUAAAGUCAGUCCACCCAGCUUGGGUUUCCUGGCUGGAUAUGGGAUCAUGGGUCUGUAUGUGUCUGUGGUCUUAGUCAUUGGGAAGUUUGUGCGGGGCUUCUUCAGUGAGAUCUCCCACUCCAUCAUGUUUGAGGAGCUGCCCUGUGUGGACCGCAUCCUGAAGCUCUGCACAGACAUCUUUCUGGUGCGUGAGACAGGAGAGCUGGAACUGGAAGAGGAACUUUACUCCAAACUAAUCUUCCUCUAUCGAUCUCCAGAGACUAUGAUCAAAUGGACCAGAGACAUGCACAGCCAAGACCAAGACAGACACUGACAUAUAGACUGACUAAUCAUGUUAGGUGUUAGUGAUAUUUGAAGCUCACUGCAAAGAUGUCCAGGGGACAGCACAAGGAAGGCUUCUUGAGAACCCUCCUUACCAGAGUGGACAUAGCCUUACAGACAAGGAUGCCCAUAGAAGGAGUUGUACACUAAUAGACACACUGUAUGAAACAUCUCCUGUUGCUGUUGCAUCUUCAGAGCGGCCUAAGCACUUUCAUCAAACCACCUUACACUACAGACUAUUGAAUUGCAGUCCCACUGUGAGUGGGAUGGCUAGCAGCUGGAUGUCUGUCUUGCAGGUUUUGGACAUGACUCCCCUGGAAAUCAAAAUUAGCUGUGUUAAUGGUCAGAGAUUAAAGGUCAAACACAAGAGACACUUCAUUUCCAACCUCUGUGAAUUGGAGCCACCCAGGUGGAGUGACUGAAACCUGAAACUAAUUGGUUAAACCAUCUACAGGUACUGUACUAGUAUGCUGAUGAUUUGAAAACAUGCCAUGCUGUCAAUCAAAAUUCCUGUAAAAUGAUUGUGUCUGCAGCAGCCAUGUUGGUUUGUCUUUACAUCAUGAACCAAGGUUUGACAAACAAGUCCGAUUGAAAAGGUAAUUUUAGGUUAUAUUACAGACCAAAAACCCAUCAAACCCAUUGUUUGAUGAUGGCCCUGAGAGCACUGGAAAUUAAGAAAACAUGCUACGAUAACAACAGAACUAAACUGUUUUUAGGGGACAUGGGGUGAAGAUGGCUGGGACAAGCUUGUUUUUGCCAUGGUUUUUAGCUUAUGAAGUUUUGUUUUGGUUUAUUUUGACAUUAAUAGCAUGAUUCAAAUAUUUUUGCAGAUGUCUGCUCUUAAUCUAGCAUCAACAUUUUGACUAUUAUUAGCCUGCCAAUUAAAUCAAUUGGACGAAAUACACACAAUUAAGUGUAAAACAGGCUUAUGUUAUGUUAGCUAGAGUUAAUAUCAGAAUUGUCACCAGUUAACAUUUAAGGACAAAAAUAAAUUACAAAUGGUUUAAU